CGAAGCUUUAUGAACAAGGAUCUUGCCAAGGUUACUGGACUCAGAUUUGAGAUGAUCUCGAAAGGAUAUUCGACAAAACAGGAGGGACAAAAGGUGCCAUAUUCAGCAAAUACUUCUAAGAGACCUUCAGGGACAUCAAUUUCAAAAUCUGAUUUAAAAAUUAAUAGUAGGAAGUCUAAAACAGAGACUAAUUCAUCAAGAAAUGACUUUCCAUCAAUUCAUGAAGAGAAUUAUACCUCAAAUGAGAUAGAAACUGAGAAAAUUCCUGAGGUGCUGGUAACUCCAGAGGUUGAUGAUCAACUAGAAACAAGACUUCAGUCAUUAGAAUACCAGCCAUCUCUAAAGUCAUUUCAGAAUCCUGAAUUCCCAGUCAGUAUGAAAAGCGAAGAGCUUGCUGUAAGAGGUCUCAAGAUUAUAUCUCCUCAGACUGAGGGAUCUGCCAAUGAUAAUCUCUCUUUGAGUCGAAUCCUUGGUCUCCAAUCUAGUGAGAGCGAGAGUGAUUUCAGCAGAAAGGAUAGCCAUAUCUCUCUGUUUGCUCAAGAUGAUGAAGAGAGAAGCAUUGAGAACAAGAUAUCCCACCUUUCUGAUAAAGAAGGAUAUAAUAUAAAUCUGUUACUCAGGACCGGUAUGGUCUCAGAGUCUCCAACCCCCAAUGACAACUGAAUACCCAGUCAUUUCCAAACUUAUGAUAAAAUAGCAAAAAUUCAGAAGAAAGUAGAGGAAAUCCAGUCUCAACUUACUGAAACCGAAUAUAUCGAAAUUUUGAAUGAAUUAGAUCCCAGCCCUUUCAACUUCAUCUCCAAGGAUGAGAGAGUUCCUUUCUUUGAGCUGAUUAAGAAGUAUGCAAAUACUGAUCUCGAGCCUGACACUCUGGACAAAACAGAUCAGAAUUUUGUGCAUCCCUUAAUCAAGGAGAAAAAGAAAAGAGUUAAGAAGAAGAAACACUCUCUAUCGAAAUCUACGAUAAAUAAACCUUCUGAAGAGCCUGAUACUCUUGAAGAUGCCAUGUCCAAAAUAGAAAGAAUAUACAAAGAGCGGCAGAUGAAAUUGCUUAACAAGUAUGAUGCUUACUUUCAGACAGAAAAUGCUCUAAAAUCAGAGCUAAAACAGAUCGAACUCAAGCGAAAGAACAUAAUGCAAGCUCUUGAAUCCUGCGAAUGUUAUGGAAAGAUAUAGUCAUCACCAGAGUUCCCAUAAUAACCAAUGAUUAUGAUGAGCUUAUGGAUACAUUUGAGAGCAUCGGCCAUGUAUUGUUCGAGCAAGAGUAUACCUUCAUACUAGACCAAUUCAUAGAGAGGAAGAUCAGGUUCUUCCCCAUGUUCAGUAUGAUAUACAAUUACUCCUUUGACAAGACUUUUGUCAUCAAUAUUUACGAAGAUAUUGAGCAAAAGAAGCUAUACAGGAGCUAUAAGCUAGCCAACCUGGACUUCAUACAGACAGGAAUGACUGUUAAUUCGAUGGGUGAUCAGUUUGAGCUACUUAAGAUGGUAACUCUUAAUGAGGAAAACAAGCAACGAGAAAUCUAUGUCAUUGGGUUCAUUCAGUACCAACUUGAGAAAUGGAUGAAGGUCCUUAGUAUUCAAGACAAAAUUGUAUUUUAUGAUAAAGCAUUUGAGCAUAUCAAUGAUUUGAAGAUCGAGGAAUUUAAAAUGAAUAAUAUUGAGAGAAGUGAUUCUCAAGCUAUUAGGCUUAACGAUUCAACUGUCAAACCUCCAGUUCAUCCCAGUACUUUUAGUUUCAAAGAAUCAUACCAAAACAAGAUGAAUACUAUCCAGGAUGAUAGUGAUUAUUUCUCUCCUGAGACAAGGACAAAGAUGGCUGAACUGAUGAAAAUUAGAGAGCAAGUGGAACAUGAUGAUUCAUUCUUCGAAAAUUCUUACCUAAACCGUACAUUAAAAUCCUCGCAGAAUCUACAUUCUUCGAUGGACGCCAAAGAAGAUUCAGGUGAGAACUCUCCUAAAAAUAUGAGUUUUACAUCAGCACAUAGGAAUCCUCAUUAUUCUGGAGGGACUUUUGGUAAGAAAGAGUAG